AUGAAGCUACUCAAGAGUCAAAUCGAACAGAAAACGGGCGCGGGGUUCGUCACCCUGCUGCCUGAGGAGCCAGAGGAUAUGUGGCAUGCGUACAACCUAAUCCAAGAAAACGACCAAAUACGCGCCAAGGCAGUUCGCCGAGUUUCGAAGACUUCUGACGCCGGCUCAACAUCCUCGCAGCGAAUCGCUCUAGACCUCACGAUCGCAGUAACCUCGACCGAUUUUGAUAUUGGCUCCGGACAACUCCAUGUGUCUGGUCGCGUAGCAAAGGAGAAUGAGCACGUAAAGUUAGGGCAACAUCACACAUUGGAUUUGGAGCUAAAUCGCAAAUUUACCAUCGAAAAAGCCGACGGUUGGGAUAGUGUCGCGUUGGAACAACUAAAAGAGGCAUGCGACGCGUCGAAACGAGCGGAACUUUGGGCUGUUGUACUGGGAGAAGGUACCGCGAACAUAUGCAUGAUCACUGAGCAUCAGACGAUACUACGACAAAAGAUCGAGGUCUCAGUACCCAGAAAGAGGAGAGGUGGCGUAGACGGGCACAGCAAAGGCAUGGACAGAUUCUUCUCAACGACGCUUUCGACGCUUCUACGGCAAAUCGAUCUACCGAAUGCUUCUAGCACAACCCAAGGCAAGACGCUGCCGCUGCUGCUCGCCAGUCCGGGCUUCGUAGCCACGGCGUUUCUACAAUACAUCAAGGAGGAAGCGACACGUACUACCAACAAGCCGCUCAUGGCUCUCAUACCCACGAUAAUUAUCGCGCAUUCGUCAUCAGCACAUGUACACUCACUCAACGAGGUACUCUCCUCGCCAGCAAUAACGAACAAGCUGUCCGACACGAAAUUCGCGCGCGAAACGGCAUUGAUGGACAAGUUCAACACGCUCAUGCGACAAGAUGACGGCCGGGCGUGGUACGGCCCGCGCGAGGUGGAGCGCGCCGUCGCCAAAGGCGCAGUUGGGCGCGGUGGUGGAGUGCUGAUGAUCAACAACGCCCUGUUCCGUGCACAAGAUGUGAAAGAGCGGAGACGAUGGGUGAAGCUAGUUGACCAAGUGCGGGAUGUGGAGGGUGGCGAAGUGAGGGUACUCAGCUCAUUGCACGAGAGCGGGAAGCGACUCGAGGGCCUCGGAAACGUCGCAGCUAUCCUCACCUACCCACUGGAAGACCUGGAUGAGGAUGACGGGGACGACACAGGCGGUGUUGAUGGCGAAGACGGCGAGAUGAUAAUAUAG